AUGGAAAACCCCGCAGACACCACAGACUACACGGACAUCUACGCCAAACACUCCAUCGAACCCAUCAACCCACUCGACUCUAUCGUUGUACUCGAUGGAAUGCCAAUCAUCUCCCCAGAAAAACAAUCAAAGUUAUUCAAAGCUUUAACCAAGGCUAUCUCUGCCAAAGCUGGUAUUGAUGUUAGUGAUGACCAGUUUUACAUGCCACUCAACCAAGGCAAAUCUGAUGGCUACAUAUUCCUCACUCUCAAAUCCUCAAAUGAGGCAAACACCUUAAUCAACAAGCUCGAUGAUUCUCCAUUCGAUUCAAAGCACACGUUCAAGAUCAACAAAUUCUCUCAGAUCGACGCCUACCUUAAUGCUUCCGAUGAGUACACUGAACCUACUAUUCCCCCUCACAACCCCAAAGACCAUCUCAAGUCUUGGCUUAAUGAUCCUCGAGGUAGAGACCAGUUCCUCACCCACCUCGCCGACGACGUUCAACUCAACUAUAACAACCGCAACAACCCUCCAGAAACCACCCACUCAAAACACAACUGGACUAACUCUUACGUCUCCUUCUCUCCACAAGGCACUUACAUUGGUACUCUCCACCGUCAAGGUGUCAUUCUCUACGGUGGUCCAAACUUGUCUCAGGUGUCUAGAUUCGCCCAUCCAAACGUAAAACUCAUCGACUUUUCUCCUAAAGAGAACUACUUUAUUACCUGGUCAAAUGAGCCUAUCGUUCUCCCUCCACCGGGUUCUUCUACUCUCUGUCCUUUCUCUCCAGAAGACCAAGGCAACAGUCUCGCCGUUUGGGACAUAAAGACCGGCGAGCUUCUCCGCACUUUCCCUACCACCCCAGGCAAGAUGCCUUGGCCGCAUCUCAAGUGGUCAGGUGAUGAGAAGUUUAUCGGCAGACUCGUCCCCGGUCAGCAAAUAUCCAUCUACUCAAUCCCUGACAUGAAUCUCGUCGACAAAAAGUCACUUAAGAUCCCCGGUGUUGUCGAUUUCGACUGGUGUCCAUGGGGAGACAAAGACGCGCAGAAUGCGCAUAGCGGCAAGGGAGUGCGCGAGAAUAUGCUUGCAUAUUGGACGCCUGAAGUGGAAAACCAGCCAGCACGUGUAACGUUGAUGGCAUUCCCAUCCCGCCAGAUUCUGCGCUCUAAGAAUCUGUUCAACGUAUCCAGCGCGAAACUCAACUGGCACAACCAGGGUGAUUUCCUCUGUGUGCAGGUCAACCGUCAUACCAAGACUAAAAAGUCAAUGUUCUGCAAUCUCGAGAUAUUCCGCUUGCGUGAGAAAGACUAUCCUGUUGAAGUCGUCGAGUUGAAGGAUAUAGUCACUUUCUUCGCUUGGGAGCCUCGCGGUGAACGUUUCACUAUCAUCACUCAGUCUGAUACAUCCAACUCGCAGCAAAUGGCACCAGGUGUGCUCGUCAAAUCCUGCGUCUCCUUCUACCAACUAGACAAAACUAAGGGUGAUUUCAAAUUGCUUAAGACGCUCGACAACAAAUCCGUCAAUACUAUCCACUGGAACCCUCGCGGCAGAUACCUCGUGCUGUCGACCAUCGGCUCUCAAUCUAAAUUCGACCUUGAGUUGUGGGAUGUGGAUUAUGGGAUGGAUGAGAAGAAGGAGGACAUUGCACAGAUUGCCCAGGUUGAAUUCUACGGCGUAACCGAUAUUGAGUGGGAUCCUAGUGGUAGAUUCCUCGCUGCGAGUGCAUCCUUCUGGAGACACCAGGCCGAGAAUGGCUACGCAAUCUGGGAUCUCAAGGGUCAAGAAGUCGUCAAAACGUCUAUCGAGAAAUUCAAACAAUUCCUUUGGAGACCUAGACCAAAAACGCUUCUCCCUAAGGAUGAGCAGAAGAAGAUUAGAAAGAAUCUCAGAGAUUACUCUCGUACUUUCGAAGACGAGGAUGCAGCCGAAGAGUCGAAUGUCAGUGCCGAGUUGCUCACUCAGCGCAAAAUGCUCGUCAACAAGUGGAACGAAUGGCGCAAAUUGUGUCGCGAGCAACUCACCCAGAUCGCUGCGGAGAAUGCAACAGGUGAAGAUGAUACUACUGUUGAGGAGUGGGUCGACGAGAUUAUCGAAGAAAGCGAGCAGGUGUUGCCAUAA